AAAUAUUUGGACAAAUUUUGCAAUGACCGUUCAUAAGCUCAUAAGCUCAACCUUAUGCAUUUUGUAGCUUGUUUGACCUUUUCCAAAGGAGCAAGAUGGCAUUCUUCCAGAAAUUUCUCGAUAAAAUAUGUAAUGAUGACAGCACCAAGGGUUAUAAAGGUGGUCCCGCUGAGACAGCAUACUUUGGAACAAUCAAGGCUGAUCCUAACUUUAAUGCCCAAAAUGAUGCUGCAAAAUUGAAAAAAGCCAUUGAAACCAAAGGUGUGGAUGAAGCCACUAUUGUGGAGGUGCUGGCGAAGAGGAGCAAUGCACAGAGACAACAGAUCAAAGAAGCGUAUCAGCAGAGUGCAGGAAAGCCUUUGGCGAAUGAUUUGAAAAAGGCUCUUAAGUCUCAUUUUGAGGAGGUGGUCCUUGCCUUGUUGAUGACACCACCUGAGUAUGAUGCUUUUGAAAUGAAAAGAGCCAUGAAGAAUCUUGGAACAAAUGAGGCGCUCUUAAGUGAAAUUCUGGGGACCAGAUCAAAUAAGGAGAUCUCAGCAAUGAAGAAUACUUUCAAAGAAGUCUAUGGAGAGCUACUGGAGGAAGAUAUUAAAAGUGAAACUAGUGGACAUCUCGAGACUGUCCUGCUUGCUCUUUGCAAGGCUACCAGGUGCGAGGACCAAAACAUUGACGAUGGACUGGCAAAGAGUGAUGCAAAGACUCUCUUUGAAGCAGGAGAACAUCGUGUUGGCACUGUGUGCUCUGUCCUGAUUGAUGUCCUGACAUCCAGGAGCGAAGCUCAGUUGUGCAAAAUUUUCAAGUAUUAUGGCCAAUACAGCAAGCAGAAUUUUGCUAAAGCCCUGGAGGGUGAGCUGCAUGGAAGCCUUGAGGACUGUCUGAUGACCUUAGUGAAAUCUGCUUGGAAUAAACCUGCCUUCUUUGCAGAAAAGCUCCAUCUGGCUAUGAAGGGAUUGGGAACCAACACUGACACACUGACUAGAAUCAUUGUAAGCCGUUCAGAAAUCGACCUGCUGAAAAUCAUUCAAGAAUACAAGAGGAUGUAUGGCAAAACUCUUCAAGAAGACAUUCUGAAGGAAACUAGUGGAGAUUACGAGAAGAUUCUGCUGGCUCUCUGUGGAACUCAAUAAACAUCUUUUACUCAACUACAUCACAUAAAAAUGUCUGUCAAUUCAUCACAUGGGUGCAUUUUCAGAUGUUAGCACAACUCAGUCUCCAUGGUGUGGUUCAUGAAAAGUGUUUCAUUAAAAUAAAAAAUAAUAAUAAAAAAAAAAUGUCAGUCAUUGUGCAAUUUUAGUGAAUAUUUACUAUAUAUUGCUAUAUGGCUAUUAGUUGCCAUACUUUCAAAGUAUUAUUAUUAUUAUUUUUAGAAAAGUUCCACAGUUUAUUACAUUUACAUGGCAACUGUAUUCUAGUAUUUCAUUGUAACAAAUUACUAUUAAAUCUUGUAAAAUCCUGACACUAUUUUACAAAGCAACACAUGUACUGUUUUCUUUAACAAGUGGCACUUGUACUGUACAAGAAUAAAAGAGCUCUGGCUUGACCUUAUCUACAGUAUGUCUAGUGUCAAUCAAGAGACAAAUUCCACAAGCUCAUCCAUCUACACCGUCUUGUACCACAUGUAGUUAACAAUUUCAUUUCAUAGUUAAGUUUAGUUUUGCAUUAGACUUUCUUUAGGAUAACCACUCAUUAUCC